UGAUUUUCAAGAUGAAUGUGAUCCAAACAAGGUGAAAUAUCAAUUCGGCCAUUAUGGUAGCGUUGAUAUACCAGACGUUUGCUACUAUUAUGAAUGUACAUCUGCAAAGAGGUUUGAGAGAAAGAAAUGUCCUGAUGGAAUGAGUGUCAGCGAUUUUCUUAAAAAAGUAACCCACCCCUUGGCAAAUGUAUUUGCCGUAGACAUUUCAUGCAGUAUUCAUCCAGACGACAAGGAAAAGGUGCGUCGAUUUCUGGAGUCUGUAGUAAGACGUAUUCCCGUUCGUCCACCUUUCUCACAAGUCGGCAUCAUUUUGUUCUCUAAGAUUGUCUACGAUAUUGCUCAGCUCAACUCGUACAUUCGUCGUGAAAAACUUUUAAAAGUAAUAAAAGAGAUGGAAAUGAAACCAAAAGAGUGUGCCACAUCAACAUAUCUGGCCCUCGAAUACGCAAGGGAAGUUACCUUCAACAAACAGUACGGUGCUCGUGAGGGGAAGGAGAAAGUGUUAAUCGUCGUUACUGAUGGUGAAACGUAUCCUGGGAAUAUGAAAAAUGAAACAAUGAAAAUGGCUAAAGCCAACAUAAGAGCCAACAUAACAUCAUAUGUAGUUGCAUUACCCGAUAUGAAUGGAAAAU